AUGUGGCAGACAGAACAGACAGGUGUAAGGACAGAAAGACAGGAAGUCAGGAAGUCCAAGAGGACAGAAGGACAGGAGGAUGAGAUGUCCGAGAGGACAGGAUGUCUGAAAGGACAGAAGGAUGGGAUGUCUGAGAGGCCAAAGCUAGAGGUAGAGGCGGAGUAUAGUCUGAGGAAUCAAUUCCAGGACACAGAGGUUGGACCGGGAAAUGGGGUCCGGUCCAUGGAAAUGGAUCCCAGACCCAAGAGAACAGAUUCCAGUCUAGGGAAACAGAAUGAGGAUAAUCUAAGGUAUUAUAUACUAUGGACAUGUGCGACGGGGACGGAGUCAGCAGAGAUCCAGGUCAAUGCAAGGAACAUAUGGAAAGGUGUGAUGCUUAUUGGUCCUAUCAGUGUUGAAAAGGAGCCUGAGCUAGAUGAGGAUGUCCUUACACUGGAGGAAGCCCUUACUCAUGGUGUUGCAUUUGGAAGCUCGAACAUUGACCUUACCAUUCCAUCGACCUCAUGUCCUGAUACUCCAGCUCUUGUUAGCAGCCCUGGGAUUAAUCCAGACGAUUAUCUUCUUAUCUAUAGGAAGUACAUCCACAAGGAAAUGAUCUGUCAAUGGGUGCUCAAUAAGUAUUUCAUUGUGAAGUCUCUCAACAGACAGGAAUUCAUCAUCAGCAAUGUUUUCCUCACAAUCAUCCGCAUCAACCUCUUGCUCACUAUUGCACUUCACUCCUGGCUCUGGACAGGGAAUUAUGUCACAACGAACUUGGAGAUUCAAGGCACCAUGCAAACCAUGGAAAAGGUUGUUAAAAUCACAGUGCUGGGACGUCUGAUAAAACUCGUUAACCCCAAGACAAUCAUUCAAUUCCUAUCAAAAACAUUCUCCGUGUCCCUACCCCUUCUGAUCCUUCUAUGUUUCCUUUUUCUCUUACCAAUGGCUCCACAGGGACCUCUGGAGGACUGUCUGCUAUGUGGUGCAAAGACCGACUCAAUGCAAGCACAUGUUGGUCUGCAUAUCUUGCAGGCAUCUAACAGCAUCAACAAGACUCUAAAGGAGCAGAUUCAAAUCAAGAUCUUGAAUAUACUCACACCUAAGCAUCCCAAUGGUCACCCUUUGCCACUCAACAUCCUCAAUACAUUCAUGCUGACGAGCCUUGAGCAAUGUGACACCGGCAUUCCUGAGACCCAAUGGCUCAAGCCUGUUUUUGAUGAUGAUAAAGAGAAUUACCCUGGACCAAGCACCUGCAAGCAUAAGAUUAAUAACGCCGGUGGCACAAAUGUGAAGAAAGCUUGUAAAUCUGCAUAG